AUGAAUGGAUCACGACGAAUGGAAAAGACUGCCCCGUCUGUGAACGGGUCCACUAGCCCUUCAACAUACACUGCACAUUCCUUGGACCAGCAACAGAUCUCCAUAUAUAACAAUCUACAGAAACCACUGUUUGAAGUCAAGCCAGUCCAAUUGCAAUUUGAUUUACUUCAUGCGUUGAACAAGCUCCUCGUCGCCAAUAGCCAGAUGUAUCUAUUUGUUGGAGAUGUGUUGUACAAGAUUGAUUUGAAUAACCCGUCAAAGUUGGUGAAGUUUACUAUGCCAUUGAAGGGUGGCUCAUUCAAAGCAUGGGUUGAUCCAACAGCACAACAUCUCAUCGUUCGAAUCGACCAGCAAUACUUUUACUUGCACAAAUCUUACAAAUCAUUCAAGCUUUUACCAAAGCUCAAGGGUAUGGAUGUUGAAGCACUUGCCUUUGCGUCUUCCAGCACAAUUGUGAUGGCUACGACAGCAGGAUACAUUUACUUAUCAGCCAUCAAACCACAUGAUGAUGCCAAAAAAAGCGACAUUCAACACUUGAAGCAUGUCCACACUGUAGAAUCUCAAGUUCGUGGGAUAGCAGUCACCGAAAACCAAUCGUUGAUAAACAUCAUAACUAGAGAUGCAAUCUACACCUGGUCCUGUUUCGAUACAUCAUUCAACGAGUUGUCAAAAGUGUUUAAAACCCAACCAGUUAUGGAAAAAGUUGGCCCUAGUGACAAGUGGGUGUUGACUACGAGUGGCAACAAGUACGUCUACAUUGGAAAAGACGUUGCCACCAACGAUGACGAAAUACAAUUUUCCACAUUGAAUGACACCAUAGAUGAUAUUAUUCUAACACCCCACCAUCUUAUCGGCUACCAUGGUAAGCAAGUAUUCAUCUACAAUAAACUCAGCCAGGAAUCGAAAGUACUAAACAUAGAAGAGCAUAUCAGAGGAAUUGCCAGCGAUGCCACUUCGUACUGGAUAUACACAAAGGACUCGAUUUACGAGAUAGUUAUAUCCAAUGAGAGUAGCUUAGUCUGGUAUGACUACUACAAGAUGAACAAAUUCGAGGAAGCUUUAAACUGUCUUGAAGAUAGUGAAGAGAACUUUUUCAAAAGAGAUUUGGUGUUGAUCAAACAAGGAUACGACUAUUUACAAAGAGGCGGAUUUGGACUUGAACUGAGCAACAAAGAACUUAUCAAUUUGCAAAAGAAGGGUAUUGGAAUACUAGCUAGACUGACGGAACCGUUUGAGAAAGUGUGCUUGAUGUUGAAUCUGUCACAUGCGACGGGCUUGUUGAUUGAUUACUUGUUGGUAAAGUUUGCAAUAAACAGAAAGAAUAGAGUCAGAGUAGUUGUGCUAUCCACUUGGAUAAUCGAGUUGAUGACAAGAACAAAUGAUGAGCGGUUUUACGAAUUCGUAAAGAAAAACCACAAACAGCUUGACAGAUCCAUCUACAAUAUUUUGAGCGGAGAAAGGGCCCUUUUCUAUGCCGAAACCAUAGAUGACUACCAGUUCAUUUUAAAGUACCAGAUGAGUGAAAAAAAUUGGCCACUCGCCGAAAAAGCUCUAAUCAAGGUUUACUCAAGAAACGUAGACGAGGUGUAUAAUCACGCCAGUGCUUUCUUGUUGAACCACGCCAAAAUUAUCGACACAUGGCUCAAGUUUGAUUUGGAUUAUGAAAGGCUUCUUCCGGCUAUACUUGCAUACUGCGAAAAGAACCGCAAACUCCCCUUGAACCAAAACGCUGCCAUCAAGUUUCUACUAAAGGUGCAUGACAAGGGAUACAAAAGCAAGCAACUAAACAAUUACUACUUGUCCCUUUUAAUCACCCACCACGACGAUGCCAACCACUUGAUUAUAAAGUUCAUCAAUCAUGAGACUGCAUAUGACCAGAACUUUAUCCAAAGGCUAUGCUUGCUCCAUCACAAGGUGCAUCCUGCAGUUUUGAUCUACAUUGACAUGGGAUUGUAUGAGCAGGCCCUAGAGGUUUCUUUGAAAAAUAAUGCUAUUGAAUUGGGGGAACUUGUACUUGGUAAGUAUGAAGAGAUUGCCGAGGAUGGCGACAAGUCCGAAGACGACAACAAGUUGGAAAAGGAAAGUUACAGCAUCAGAAGACACUUGUGGUUGACAUUUGCCAAGCAUCUUAUUGACAGAACUUGCGAGGGUAAGCAGGCUGGUCUUGACGAAGUUGACUCCUCGUCCAACAAGUUGAAUGCAACACUCUCCUACAUACAAAGAAACUCCCCACUAGGCUUGAAAGAUUUAUUACCACUUUUCCCUGAAACGGUCACUAUAAACAAUUUCAGAGACGAAAUAGUGGACUCGCUCAACGAGUACAAGAGAACCUUACAGGAUAUAAACAUGAGAAUUCAAGAAAACCAUUCCUUGCUCACAACUUUGAAACAAGAGGCUUUAGACGAGACCCAAAAGAAGUCAGAACACUACUCGGUCAUAAAGCCAGGGUCCACAUGCUACCUUUGCCACAACUUGCUAGCCACGAAAAAAUUUAUAUUUUUUGACAACUGCCAACAUGGUUUCCACAAGGAAUGCUUGGUUCGAUAUAAUCUCAAGUCAAAGGGCAACUACAACUUCAAAAAGCUUUAUCAAAGCUUUAUUCGAAACCAAGACAAGGAUCAUCAGGAGAUAAAGCUGCAGAUCGAUGACAUGCUAUGCAAAGAGUGCAUUCUAUGCAAUGAAUCCAGUAUCAACGAAAUUGACAUCGGUUACUUGGAAGAAAAUGACAGAGAUAUUGACGAGAUCAAAGAUUGGGAGUUGUGA